AAAAAACAAAUGUAAUGAAUGUCAAAACUGAAAAGUGCUGACUAAAUUUCCAUUUCAUUUAAUAUUUUUAAUUUUUAAAUUGUGUCUUAAUAAAACGCAAUAUUAAAAUUGAGGUGUUCUUGUAUUGAAUAAUUAUUUUUAUAUAAUUAAUAAAAUGGAACUUUCAGCAGAAGGCAAAACCCCUGAAUAUAUGGCAUUAGCUGGCAUCAAAUUUAAACUUUCUUUGCCCCAACUAAAAGAUAAUGUUCAGCUGAAAGAAGAGCUUUUUCAAGGCAUCAAGGCUGGAAAUAUGGCUCCAUAUUAUAAAGAAGUUUGUACUGAUCUUGGAUGGCCAUUGGAUCAAAAAUUAUACGAUGAGAUGGCAAAACAAAACCAAGAGAGGUUAGCAAAGUUUGAAGAAGAUGAUUCUGAGACUCCAGUGUGGCAAGACAGAUUGGACUACCUUUGUUCUAUUGGUGACAAAGAAGCUGCUACAACAUUAGCUACUACAAAGUAUGAAGAUUCUACAUUAACCACUAACAGAAGGCUUGAUGCAGUUUUUGCACUGUUCAGAAUUGCUUACUUUCAUGGAUGUAAUGUUAAGGACAUGGGAAAAGCUGUCAAUAAGGCUCAUGAAUUGGUAGACAAGGGUGGUGACUGGCGUUCAAGAAACAAAUUGAAGGCUUAUGAAGCUAUAUAUUGCUUAGCUGUUAGGGAUUACAGUCAUGCUGCAGAGCUAUUUAUUGAUUGUGUAUCAACUUUUGAGUCUUAUGAGUUGGUAGAUUUUGGAACUAUUAUUCAGUAUUGCGUGUUAGCUUGUGCAUUGGCAUUAGAGCGCCAUGCAUUACAAGCAGCUCUUCGGAGGCAAGGUGCAGCUGUUCAAGCUUUACGUUCUAGAUUUCCUGAAUUAAGGGAAUUGGUUGAGUCUCUCCAUGAAUGUCGUUAUGCUGAUUUUAUGAAGAGUCUUGCAUGGGUGGAGACUCAGAUCUGUGUGGAUCCUGUGUUUAGGCCUCAUUACCAACAUUACGUGCGUGAAGCGCGUAUCAAGGCCUAUGUUCAAUUAUUGCGCGCAUAUCGCUCGCUCAGUCUCGACAACAUUGCAGACACUUUUGGUGUGACUCGUGAAUUUGUUGAAGAAGAAAUAUCAAACUUCACGGCAGCAGGCCGGUUGCAGUGCCGCAUUGACGCGGUGGCUGGCUGCGUAGUGACUGGCGCCGGCCGAGGCGCCGACGCAGAUCGCUCGCAGCUGUACCAAGCCACCAUCCGCGAGGGAGACUUGCUGCUCAAUCGCGUCAAAAAGUUGGCCAGCGUCAUUAACUUCUAACUUGUAAAACAUUCAGUAUGUUUAGUAGUUUCAAGUGCUCUGGUAGCCGCCUUGUUUCCACCAGCAUACAGGUGCAAUAUGACAUUUAAAAACUUGUCACAUAGAUAUUUUAGUACUUGUUUAAAUCCUUUUGUAAACUUCUUUUGUCUUGAAGUAUAAACAACAUUGUAUAUCUAAGUGUAAAAUUUGCUGGUUGCAUACAUAUAUUCCUUAUCAUAAACACGCCAAACCUUUAAAGACCAUAGACCAUAAAAAAAGAUAGGUUAAAUUUUGAUUUUUGUGAGUAAGAAGGGUGUAUUCUAAUACAUUGUUUGCUUUGGUGGAAACAUGGGGUUAAGUAGUCUGAAAUAAUUCUCUACAGUAUAUUAGUUGUAUGUACUUAGAAAUACUUAUACCUCUGUAUAUCUUAACUUCUAUUAAAUUUUACGCUACUGAACAUGUGACUACUCACAAUAAUAUUUUGAAUUAUUUUUUAUGAAAUAAGAAACUUAAUAAAAAUCUCUCUGGUGAA